CCAACCCCGCUGUCCACGCCGCUCUCGGAGGUCGUUUCACUCUCGCAGUACGCCGCGGAUCGGAGGCGGAGGAGGUGAUAAGAUUUUUACAGAAAUGUACAACAAUGUAGGAAGCCAGGCUGGGGUGACAAUACCGCCAACAAAUUCUCAGCCUAAUCCAUUUGGAAAUGCAUUUUAUGGAGCUGGUUCAGGGCUUAUCCGAGGUGGAUUGGGUGCAUAUGGAGAAAAAAUCUUAGGAUCGAGCUCUGAAUAUGUGCAAAGCAAUAUAAGUCGGUACUUCUCAGAUCCCCAAUAUUAUUUCCAAGUGAAUGACCACUAUGUGAGGAACAAAUUGAAGGUUGUUCUGUUUCCAUUCCUGCACAGGGGCCAUUGGACACGGAUAACUGAGCCAGUAGGUGGCAGGCUCUCUUAUAAACCCCCAAUUUAUGACAUAAAUGCGCCAGACCUCUACAUUCCAUUUAUGGCAUUUGGUACCUAUGUUGUUCUUGCUGGCUUCUCAUUGGGUCUUCAGGGAAAGUUUAGCCCAGAAGCUCUGAACUGGUUGUUUAUCAAGGGAUUGCUUGGGUGGUUUCUGCAAGUCGCACUUCUGAAAGUGACAUUGCUUUCACUGGGUAGUGGGGAGGCACCCUUGCUGGACAUUGUGGCUUAUGCAGGAUAUACUUUCACAGGAAUGUGUUUGGCUGUCCUCGGGAAGAUAAUAUGGGGAUACUCGUACUAUGCUUUAAUGCCUUGGACCUGCUUAUGCAUGGGUAUCUUCUUAGUGAAGACGAUGAAGAGAGUCCUCUUUGCAGAAGUGAGGAGUUAUGAUUCGAGCAGGCACCACUAUCUCUUGCUCUUUAUUGCUUUGGCUCAGUUUCCACUUUUCACAUGGCUUGGCAACAUUAGUGUUAAUUGGCUUAUAUAACUUGCUUUCUUUUAUGCUGUAGUUAGAAACAGUUUGUGUUCAUAGCAAUUUUCUCGAUCUUAUAUCAAUUGGCUGCUCUUUGCUCCCAGAAUAUUCAACAAUUAUGAACUUUUCUCUUUUUGGCAUGUUUGCUGUUUGUGGUGUUAUCGGAAAUGUAAUAUGUAAACAUUGGAAGAAGCAGUGAAUACAUGGAAGUAGGAAGACACACCUAAGCAGAAAUUCGUCGAUGAAUAGAAGAUGGGUACAUGGUUUUCAAAUUCAUUGUGAUUUUAUUCUAUUUA